AACAUGGGUCACGGGACGCCCCUAUUGAAACACCAAUCGGUGCCAUCCUCCCCUUGUAGAGAAGCAGUGAUUGGGUUACAAAGGAUAUGGGUAUUACACGUCGCCGCUAAAUGACAAUUUCGUUUUCAAUAGGAUUAUUCAACGGUAAAACAUAGCUACACAUCACUCUCAGGGAACCGGACUGGAUUUGUAACACAUGGCUUCUUCACACCAACAAAACGACUUGUCUGCCGGUUUCCGCGUGCAGUUCAAAUCUUUCGCAACAGAGGCGAUCCACGUUGGGCAAGAACCGGAGCAAUGGAACUCUAUGGCAGUGGUGCCACCUAUUUCUCUGUCCACCACGUUCAAGCAGUAUAGACCUGGAAAUCAUGCUGGUUUUGAGUACAGUCGUAGUGGAAACCCGACAAGAAACUGUUUGGAGAAAGCUGUUGCUGCUCUGGAUGGAGCAAAGCACUGUCUUGCUCUUGCCUCUGGGCUGGCUGCGACUAUGACCAUCACUCACAUGCUGAAAGCUGGAGAUGGCAUUGUCUGCAUGAACGAUGUGUAUGGAGGGACCAAUCGUUAUUUCCGAAAGAUUGCUGCAGAAGUUGGCUUGGAUGUGUCCUUUGCUGAUUGCACCAAAAUCGAAUUGCUCCAGGCUGCUCUUAAGCCGAACACAAAGUUGGUAUGGAUCGAGACCCCCACCAACCCCACUAUGAAAGUUGUGGAUAUCCAGGCCUGUGCAGAGGUGGUCCACCAACACAACAAGGUUACCGUGGUGGUUGUGGACAACACUUUCAUGUCAGCCUACUUCCAGCGCCCCUUGGCCCUCGGAGCAGACAUCUGCAUGUAUUCAGCUACUAAGUACAUGAAUGGUCACAGUGACAUUGUAAUGGGCCUGGUGUCUGUGAACGAUGAGGACCUGUAUGAAAGACUGAGGUUUCUACAGAAUGCCCUCGGAGCCGUACCGUCCCCCUUUGACUGCUACCUGUGUAACCGCGGCCUGAAAACCCUGCACCUGCGCAUGAGGCAGCACUUCAAGAACGCCCUGGCAGUAGCCCAGUUCCUGGAGGCCGACCCCAGGGUGGACCGAGUCAUCUUCCCAGGCUUGCCCUCCCACCCCCAGCAUGAGCUGAUGAAGAGACAGUGCACUGGCUGCCCAGGGAUGAUCACCUUCUACAUAAAGGGAAAACUGGAGAACGCCACCAUGUUCCUCAGCAACCUAAAGUUGUUUGCACUUGCCGAGAGCCUUGGUGGUUAUGAAAGCUUGGCAGAGCAUCCGGCGAUAAUGACCCAUGCGUCUGUUCCGGAGAGUGAUAGGGCCGCCCUGGGGAUCAGUGACACACUGGUCCGUCUGUCCGUGGGGCUGGAGGACGAGCAGGAUAUCAUCGAGGACCUGAAACAAGCCCUGAACGCUGCUCAUCCAAAGCAGUAGUAGUGUCUUCAGGACGUCCAAUGACCAGCGGUGGUCUGUCGUCAUUGGGACGGAGUGGAGGCGGGAGUACCCGGUGUUUAUAGCCAUGUACAAGAGCGGCGAGAGGGUGCUUUAACAACACACACAAACAAUGAUGCACUCAUCAUCAGGGAACAACCUGCUCUUUAAACAUUACGCCUUCAUUAAUUAUUACCAACCUUUGGAUGCUGAUUUUAUCGGGAGCACUUCCAAGGACUUAUUUAUACAUUUGGCUGCUGUUGCUUUGUCUGUUUUUUGUUUGUUUGGAGGGUGUUGAUGGGGCAUUGUGACAGAGGUUCUUAUUCAAUCAAAACUGGUAUCCGGGACACCCUGGAGUAAGGCAAACAUCAGUUGAGUUUCUUUCGGCUUCAUUUAGUUAUAACAUGAACAAUUAUAAUAAGGUCUUGCUCUGGAAACGUCUGGAUAGCAGUUUUGAUUAAAUAUAACUUUGUCUGGCUCUAUCAAAUGUAUGCCUAGUUAAGGGAGAGUGGGGAAGCUUUGUCCCCAGAGUUUGUCUUAAAGGAAGUUGGCCAGUGAGGGAGUGCCAAGUGCAUGCUUGUCCUUGCCUUGUGUCAAGCAGUUAUAUAUUUAAUGAAUUUAAUAUAUUUUUGAUCUAAUUACUCAAACUAGUGCCCGUGGUAGAAUUCUUUGAGCUAUGUGGUUGCUGAACUCGACCCACAACCCCAGAGUUCACUAACAGGCUUGUUCUCAGAUCAAAACACUCAGCGACGUCACGGUUUUCUACCUGAGGAAAACCAACCAACCCUACAUCAUCUUGGAGCUCUCUCUCAGCUGACGGUGUAAUCUAUCACAUAUCAUACAUACUGUAUAUCUGCCUGCUACUCAAGUAUGUGCUUCAUUUGGGAAAGACCCUGUUUGAUAAGUGUCAUCUGUGUGACCGUUAAACUCAUUAAAAUCAGUUUGCAGUACA